AAAACAAUAAAAAUACUUUAGAACACUUCCGCAGGCAGCCUCUGGAUCUGUACGUUGUGUGGUUGUGCUCAUUGUUAGGUUGUGCUCCACUGUUCACUGUUGGCAACACUGUAGUUUGUUUUGAUUUGAUCGAUUGGUCAGGGUACGGGUAAAUUUUCAGCGUUUUGCUGUGAGCGCUAAGUACAUAUUAAAGUCGUGGUUUCUAAGAUUGCUCGAGUAGUUUGAGGAGGCGCCUCUUUUUAUGAAUAGAAGCUAAAAUGGCUCUAGGGAAAUGGGAAAAGCAUCAUCAAGAAAUUCUAAUAGAAAAGGUGCGAGUGAGAAAAUGUCUUUGGGACAUUCGUCAUCCCGAUUACCGCAACGUCAAUAAAAAACAGACGCUUUUCGAGGAGGUGGCGGAUGAGAUGGAACUAAUUAGGCCUGGAACUUCUGUCGAUGAUGUAAAAAAGCGCUGGGGGAAUCUCCGUUGUCAAUUUUCUGAGAACAUCAGGGCUUCCAAAGGCAAGGAUGGAGGUCCUGAUAAACCAAGGAAAUUAUGGUGCAAAUCGUUACUCACCUUUUUGAGCGAUGUCACAAUUCCCAGGGCGCAAAAACAGCGAAAAGGAUUAGAGGUACCUAAGAGCGACAUGGUCUCCGGCACAGAGAGUUUGACUGCAGAGAUGGAGGCGCCAAGCCUGCACGACGAGGUAAGCACCCGCACCUCUUCCAACUUCCAACAGUGCGAAGUGAACUCGGCAGAAAACUGUUGCUUUUCGCCCAUCCGCCUCAGUCUCGAGCUGGACAAGCAUCGAAAACUCACCGACUGCGGGCUCGAUUCACUUGCCGCCUCCGGAGGCGGGCUCGUGCUCACCUCACCGUCGUUAGCCUCCGCGUCUGGAACAUCCGCGCUUCCCUCCCUCCGCAACAUGGAUCCAAUCGACAAAUACGCGCACUGCGUCGCGUCCGAGCUGCGCUUGAUCAGACAACAGCAGCAACUCACGCUGGCCAAGUGGCACAUCCAGAACAUCCUGUUCCAAGCGCAGUUUGGCAUGCUUGCCGGCCCCCCGGCAAACCUGGCAUUCAGCAGCCCGCCCUACCCCCAGGACACUAUUGUCAACUGGCAGCAAUCUACCCCAAUUCAGGUUAUCGCCACGGACGGCGAAACUUCCAAAGAGACAAGCUCUUAAUUUAAUUUUGUUUUGUUUGACUGAGCUUAUGGGAUGGACCGUGCACGCCUCCCCUGUUUUGUGAUAAUCUCAUUUUAUUUUGGUGCAUCAGUACAAAUAAUACUCUUCCUUCCUUCAGCCAUAAACUGUCACUAACGGUUUUUAGUUCAAGAUUUGCCGUUUGUGGUGUGUCAGUCUGAGAAAACCAAGUUUUCCAAGGAUUAUCAAACUGUACGCUCACAAUUGCACCAAAAUUGUUUCUAGAAUCAACCAAAAUAUUGCAAUUAUUACGAUUAUCAAGCUAGUACCUUUAUAUAAAACACAAAAUGAUCUCCUGUAACAAAACCUAUUAAAUAAUAAUUAAGACCUGAAUUACAAGUAAAUAAAACAUGGUAGUUUAGUUUUUUAAACGUCUUUAAAAUCUAAUUGCAAAACUGAGGUGGUGUCCGAUUAAGCCAAACAUUUAGACCAUAUCAUUGCUAAUGAUAAUGUAUUUUAAAUUCAAAUGAUAUGAAAAUUGGUUUAUCCUAAGCGAGGUACUAAACAGCAAUGUGAUGCUUUUACGUGCCAGGAAAAUUAUUUAAUUUUGUUCAGAUUGCCAUGUUGCAUGAUAUGGCCUAAUUGAACAGGAUCCAGAAGGUUAGAUUGUUUAAGUGUUGAAACCUACCGAUGAAAAAUAAAUAGAAAAACUUCAUUCAGUUGAAGGUUUUUGCAAUAAUUUGU